GGGAGGAAGAGGGAGAUCGGGAGGAGGAGGUGGACAAGAAAGAUCAGGAGGAGGAGGUGGACGAGAAAGAUCGGAGGAGGAGGAGGGGGUCAAUGAUGGGGAGGGGAGGAAGUCAUCGAUGGGGAGGGAAUGAGGUCCGCGAUGGGGAGGGGAGAAAGAGGGAGAUUGGGAGGAGGAGGUGGAAGAGGACGACGGGGAGGAGGAGGAAGUCGGCGAUCGGGAGGGAAGGAAGAGGAUCGGGAAGAGGAGGAGGAGGACGACGACGGGGAGGAUGAGGACGAAGAGGGCGAUGGGGAGGAGGAAGACGACGAAGACGAUCGGGAGGAGGAGAGGAAGUCAGCAUUGGGGAGGGGAGGAAGAGGCAGAUCGGGAGGAGAGGGGGGAAGAGGACGAAGGAAGUCAGCAUUGGGGAGGGGAGGAAGAGGCAGAUCGGAGGAGGAGGAAGAGGAUGAUGGGGAGGAGGAGGACGAAGAGGGCGAUGAGGAGGAGAAGACGACAAAGACGAUCGGCAGAGGAAGUCAGCGAUGGGGGACGAAGUCGACGAUGGGGAGGAGGAGGAAGACGACGGGGAGGAGGACGUGGCAAGGGAGGAGGAGGAAGUCGACGCUUCGUCCUCCAUUGUCGUCUUCCUCCUCCCCUCGUCACGGUGAUGGCGACGACCAGGGCAAUGGCGGCAGCUCCACAGCAGCUCCACGGCAGAUGGCCAUGGUGACGACCAGGGCGAUGGUGAGGACAAGGAUGAUGAGGACGGACGACAGAUGGCAAGGCCGACGACCAGGGCAAUGGCGGCAGCUCCACGACAGCUCCACGAUAGCGACACGACAGCUGGUGAUGGUGACGACGAGGGCGAUUGCGACGACCAGGAUGACGAGGACGGAUUGCAGCGGGGUGGAGGGGUGACGCGGCUUGGGGGGGUAGACCUUCCCGGCACGAAUUCGAAAAUC